AUGAAAUAAGGUACCAAAUAACUUAAAAUCUCAUAUCAUAAGAUGUCUUCUGAAGUCAAGUAAACUCUAGUUUAUUUAAUAUGUCUUAAAGGCUUCAAAAUAAAACAUGUAUAUAUAUAUUCUAUUUUUAGGCUGCAUAAAAAUUGAAUAUCAAAUAUGCAGCUGCAAAAUCCAUUUUCCUUUACCAUAGAAAUAAUAUGAUCAAAAAUGAAUAAAUCAAUGAUUCAACAAAAAGAUGCAUGUAUAGAACCAUAACUAAAGAAAUUAUUAGAUUUCGAAUAAUCACAAAAAUUGCUGGUGAAUUUGUAAAUUCCAAAACUGAACACCAAAUAUCAACUCAGAUAAUCAUUUGA